AUGUCAAGUUACUCUAGUGAAAAUAAUGAUACUCGGCGUGUUAUCGAUUUGAGUUCUAAUAACAUCGGGAGUCGAUUACAUGAGUCUCUUGUCGAUUCAAACAGAGCUAUAUAUACAAGUGGGAUGCAAGAACGUUCUUUGAAUGAACAAAAUAUUCACUUGGUCAAUACGUUGGAAGAAAGAAGUCCCAAUGAUAAAUUACUGCUGAGUCCAUACGAAGAAGAACUUUACAGACGUAGUCUUAGACUGAGUCCCGUUACUUCAAUCGCAGCACCCAUACCCACAGUUACAUUGCUUGGGGAGGAUGCACCACCAGAAGCCGGAAAGACUGCUUUACCGUAUAUGACCGAUUUUGACAAGUUCCAGGUGGAACAGGAAAAGAACAAUAAGAAUAGGCGACAAGGUUUGGAACAAAAUAACGACUCGCUGUUGAGUUUAUUCACCAAAUGGCCUAUCUACUCUUCUAAGAAAAUAAAACAAAAAAUGAAUAGGCACAAUUCGCUUAAAAGAACGCAUUCUUCAGUUAGGCGCAAGGAUUUCUCUGUUCAGUCUGAGUAUGCGAAAUAUAACAAAGAUAAGAAGUUCAUAUUCCAUAAGGGCUUUUCUCAAAGACACAAUUCUGUUAAUUCACUGCGAAGAAAUUACACCAAAAAGACUCACUUCAGAAAAAGGUCUAGGUUUCAAAAUGAACAGGAAUUGAUGUCGUACAUGAGAUACAUCAACGCCUCUCAAAUGGAUAUAACUGAGGUGAUAACAGCCGAUAACAUUAGAAUGUAUCUUUAUUCCAAAAAUUCAUUGAGAAGCCUAUUACGAGUUAAUCCAACACUCCAUCCAAUUAAGGUUCCUUUAAUGCAGUUUAAUGAAUUGUUGAAUAAAAAGAAAAACUCUCCGCAAGGGUCAAAUGUUGUGAAAAGGCCAUCUAUCUCUAGAAACCUUUCAAGAAAAGCCAAACAUGUUCGCAGGUCAAACACGUUACCAGCUAAUAAAACAUCAUUUGCAGAGAGAUUAAAUCCUGAGUUAUACCGUACAUGGAAUUCUUACCUCAAAGCUAUCAUAGCUAAAAGAGUCGAGCUUAGAAUCUCUUGUCUAUUGGGUGAAGAUAUGUCGUCAUUUGCCUCGUCGGUGAGAAAUUCUGCGAUCGUGUACAGAGAGUCAAUUACACCGCCGUUGGAACUUGGGUCUCCUGGCAACCCAAUUGUAAUUUCUGAUAAUGAGGAUGCUCCGCCCGUCAGAGGAUCGCAAGACAAUAGCAGUAAUACUGAUGGCUAUGGAACAAUUGAGAAAUUAUAUCAUGAAAAUGAUACCGAUGAUUUGUCGACCAGACCGAGCACUAGCAUUUUUUCCGUGCGACAAUCACUGACAAGCGCAGACCAAAACAGAAGAUCAUUUUUCUUCCCUCCUGACAAUCCAGGAAUGCAUAAAAUCGAUGAAGAGCGUUCUAUACGCAGUGUAACGUCAAGAAACACUUUGUCAUAA